AUGUCUUAUCCCUAUGCUCGAAGUCUGACUUAUGCUGAGUUUCCAACCAAGUUUGUUUGGAAGGACGAUUCUUCAAAGUGGUUUUCUCAAAAGAAAGGCUUCGCAAUUGGAAGGUUGACUUAUGUACCUGCAGAGAGCCGUGAUGACAUGAAGGAGUUAACAAUGUCAGAUGAUGAGAUUAAGCAGUUGUGCUUAGUGGAUAUAGACAAUAUCUUACAUUCCUAUGGUAAAACCUUAAAAGACUAUCCUCCUAUGCCUUUAGCAACUAAAGUUGAUAGUUCUUUGUUAACCGAAAGGGUUAUUAGGGAAGAGCUAAACUUUAACAGGGAUUAUUUAAAGAAAAAUGCCUCAGACAUAUUAGCCAACGCAACACCUGAGCAGAGAUAUGAAUUCGAUAAAAUUGUUACAGCUGUGUAUUGUGAUGAAGGGGGUUUUUUCUUUGUAUAUGGUCAUGCGGGUACUGAAAAAACAUUUCUUUGGAACCUUAUGUCUGCUGAGAUUCGCUCAAGGGGUGAUAUAGUGUUAAACGUUGCUUCGAGUAGUAUUGCAUCUUUACUUCUUCCCAAUGGAAGAACGGCAUACUCAAGGUUCAAAAUACCGCUGAAUAUAACUGAGGAUUCUGUAUGUAACAUCAAACCUGGUUUCUCUCAAGCAAUGUUGCUAUUGAAAGCCAAACUUAUAAUUUGGGAUGAGGCUCCAAUGGUUAGUAGGUACUGUUAUGAAGCACUUGAUAAAUGUUUGGGUGAUAUAAUGAGGUGUUCUCUAACAUAUAGCAAAGAUUUGUCCUUUAGAGAAAAAGUGAUUGUACUAGGUAGAGACUUUAGACAAAUUCUUCCUGUCAUUCCACGAGAAUCGAGGCAAGAUAUCGUUCAUUCAACCAUGAAUUCGUCUUACUUUUGGAAGUUUUGUCAGGUGCUCAAACUAACAAAAAAUAUGAGACUCUCUAUAGGGACGACUGCUUCAGAUCAAGAUGAGACAGAGCGAUUUGGUGAGUGGUUAUUGAAAGUUGGUGAUGGUGUAAUAGGUGACAAUAUGGAUGGUGAAUCUGAAAUAUGUCUUUCAGGAGAUAUUGUUAUUCCUUCUUUGGACCAGUCAUUUGAUGAGUUGGUUCAUUUUUCUUAUCAAAAUAUUUUAGAAAACAUGUCCUCAAAGGAUUUUUUCAAAGCAAGAACUAUACUGGCUCCCACGCUAGACAUCGUUGAAGAGAUCAACAACCAUCUGAUGGCUAUCAUUCCUGGAGGGAAAAAAAUUAUAUCUUAG